UCUACCUUACAGAUCACAGGGAGCUCGGAACUUGCUUUCCGCCAUAAUGGGCGGCACCACUGGCCGCUGCAUCCUCCUCCCCCUCUUGAUCAUAUCCACUGCUUCACGGAUCGUGUUUUCGAUUGCGGCAGACACCCUGUUGCCAUCCCAAUCCCUCCGAGAUGGACAAACGCUUGUCUCUGCCAACAAGACCUUCGAAUUUGGCUUCUUCAGUCCCGGCAGCUCGACCAACCGCUAAAGCUGGACUUGCCGAUUCCGAGUAGUCAGUCAAUGCACCGGAUGGACAACUUGGUUAUUCUACUCCAAUGCUUCUUUCUUGUCAGACCAUUCCAAACGGACCUUACGACUUCAUCUACCUUGCAGAUCACAGGGAGCUCGGAACUUGCUUUCCGCCAUAAUGGGCGGCACCACUGGCCGCUGCAUCCUCCUCCCCCUCUUGAUCAUAUCCACUGCUUCACGGAUCGUGUUUUCGAUUGCGGCAGACACCCUGUUGCCAUCCCAAUCCCUCCGAGAUGGACAAACGCUUGUCUCUGCCAACAAGACCUUCGAAUUUGGCUUCUUCAGUCCCGGCAGCUCGACCAACCGCUAUGUCGGCAUAUGGUAUCACAAAGUGCCAAAGCAAACGCUGGUAUGGGUGGCUAACAGAGACAACGCGAUCGCAGACAAAUCCGGUGUGCUCAUGUUCGACGACAACAAUGGGGAUCUCAUACUUUUAGACGGCAGGGGGAGUUCAUCCGUAUUGGCCUCCGGUCUUGGGACGAAUAACAGGGAAGCGACCAUCUUGGAUUCAGGCAAUCUUGUUUUGAGGAGUAGCGAUAACACGUCGAUGGUCUCGUGGCAGAGCUUCGAUCAUCCUACUGAUACUUUCCUCCCGGGUAUGAAGCUUGGACUGAAUCGCCGGCAGAACCGGUUGCUUACGUCAUGGAAAAGCAAAGAUGAUCCUGCUCUCGGAGAUUUUUCAUUAGGCCUCGAUCCUACCGGCAAGCUCAAGUUCCUUAUCUGGAAGAAAGGGACUCCUUAUUGGAACAGUGGGGAUUGGGACGGGAAAAUAUUCGGAGCGGUUGCUGAGAUGACUCAAGACUACAUCUUCACUUUUGAAUUCGUCCGUGACCAAGACGAACUGUACUUCACUUACUCUAUGAAGGAUGACUCUAUCAUGUCAAGAUUAAUUAUCGGUAUUUCAGGUCAAAUCCAGCAAAUGUCAUGGUUAGAGAUCGAAACAUCGUGGAUACUGUUCUGGUCUCAACCACGCACCCAAUGCAAUGUGUAUGACCUCUGCGGGGCAUUUGGCGUUUGCAAUGAAGCGAUACAACCAAAGGCUUGCGAAUGCUUGCCUGGUUUUCAGCCAGCAUCUUUGCAAGAUUGGUUUGAAGGAAGCACAGGAGGAGGGUGCCUCAGGAAAACCAGCUUGUAGUGCGAGAGCGGAGAAAAGCCAGAUAAGUUUGUGGAGAUGCCCCAUAUGAAGUUUAAUGCAAAUGCAACUAAAUUGGAUGUUUCAGAUGCCAAAGACUGUGAAUCAGCCUGCCAUAAACAUUGUAACUGUACUGCUUAUGCCUUCUCCGGAGGUUGUAGCUUAUGGCAAGGGGACCUUGUAAAUCUGCAACAAGUCGACGGCGGUGAAAACAUCGACAUUGGAACUUUGUACAUUCGAGUUGCUGAUUCCGAGUCUCAAGGAGCGCAAAUAUCUGAACCCAAGAUCUCCUCAGAUCAUAAAGGGAAAAAUAGGAAGCUGCUGCAAAUCAUGGCCGCCGUAGCAGCAUCUCUUAUAUUACUCCUGUCUUGCUCUCUCAUGUGUUUUCUGUGGUUCAGAAAACGGAGAAGCAGAGGCACAAAAAAGUCACACGAGGAGAAAUCAUUACUUGCACUGGUGAAUCACUUACCAAUUAAGAUCGGAGAAGGCGACAGAGCUGCAGAGUUCUUGCGGUACCAUUUCUCAGAUAUAGAAAAAGCCACAAGCGACUUUUCAGCUGAGAAUAAGCUUGGAGAGGGUGGGUUUGGACCUGUUUAUAAGGGCCAAUUGCCAGAAGGACAGGAGAUAGCUGUCAAAAGACUUUCUGCACGUUCUGGACAAGGGCUACUCGAGUUCAGUAAUGAAAUUAUUCUCAUAGCAAAGCUUCAGCAUAGGAAUUUAGUAAGGCUGUUGGGAUACUGCAUUCAAGGAGAGGAGAAGCUACUCGUCUAUGAAUACAUGCCCAACAAGAGCUUGGACUUCUUCCUAUUCGACUCAACCAGAGGAGCACUUCUGGACUGGAGCAAGCGCGCCCAUAUCAUUGAAGGGAUAGCUCAAGGCCUUCUUUAUCUUCACAAGCACUCCAGACUGCGUGUCAUUCACAGGGAUCUGAAAUCCAGCAACAUUCUCCUGGACGCGGACGUGAAUCCUAAGAUAUCCGACUUUGGCAUGGCCAGAAUUUUUGGCUCGAACCAAACACAAGCAAACACAAACAGAGUUGUUGGAACAUAUGGGUACAUGGCACCUGAGUAUGCUUCACAGGGUCAAUUCUCGAUCAAGUCUGAUGUCUUCAGUUUUGGUGUUCUGCUCCUGGAGAUCGUAACUGGAAAGAGAAGUGCAGGUUUUCAUCAAUAUGGGGGGAAUGCACUCAACCUUCUGGGUCAUGCAUGGGAACUAUGGAAAGCAGGUAAGUGGUCGGAGCUUAUGGAUCCAUCUCUAGGCGAUGGAUGUCCAUCUUGGGAGGUGUCGAGGUGCAUUCAUGUGGCGCUCAUGUGCGUCCAAGAAAACGCUGGUGACAGGCCCACCAUGUCGGAUGUCAUCGCUAUGCUUGGUAAUGAAAGUGUCGCUUUGGCGGAUCCUAAGCAGCCUGCUUUCUUCACAGUGGCAACUGCAACCGAGGCAGAACACGCAUCGAUGUUAGCUGCCAAUUGUUCUUUAAAUGAGAUGACCAUCACCACCCCGGAGGGCCGAUAUUAUUCAUGUCCAUCGUGGGUCAAGUGGAGAAAUCUCGAUUCAGUCCGAUCAAAUUCCAAACAUCGACUGCGGUCCGUUUCCUCAACCGACCCGGUCGCCGAUGAGGCGAUCGAAAUGGGAGAUGCUGAGAUGAAAAUGAGAGUGGGUUUUUCAGGUCAAGUUCUCGCCUUCUUGAGAGUUGAAGGAGACACACUAACCUCAAGCACACCUCUCAGUGACAACCAAACCUUAACCUCCGCUGGAGGAAUCUUUGAGCUGGGCUUCUUCAGACCAGGCAAUUCGAGCGAGUGGUACCUGGGAAUAUGGUAUAAGGAAAUCCCAGAUCAACCAAUAGUAUGGGUUGCCAACAGGGACACUCCACUGAAUGGCUCCGUGAGAAUAUUGAAUCUUACUGCUGAUGGAAAUCUACUACUGCUCAACAAAGAUGCAAAUAUUUUAUGGUCAACGAAUACAUCGAAUGCUACUUAUCCAUCACUUCAGCUUUCAGACUCAGGAAAUCUCAUCCUGACAGGAGGAAUCCCAAAGAGCAUAUUAUGGCAAAGUUUUGAUCAUCCAUCUGACACAUUUCUGGCAGGCAUGAAGAUUGGAUUGGAUUUUGCUGCCAAGCUAGACAGACACCUUAUAUCGUGGAAGAGUAGUUCGGACCCUUCUCCAGGGAACCACUCCUAUGUGAUGGAUCCUCAUGGAGUACCAGAAGUCUAUAUAUGGGAAGGAUCUUCUCGGACCUUUCGCACUGGACCAUGGAAUGGAAAAGGUUGGAGUGGCCGUCCAGACAUGUGGACAAAUGGUGUCCUCCGGUUCCACUUUGUUAUGAACCAACAUGAGGUAUACUAUACAUUUGAAAGCUUGAACAAGUCUGUUCAUUGCCGGGCAGUUAUUGAUACGAGUGGUAUACUGCAACGCUUGGUGUGGUCUACUGAAAGCAAUAGAUGGGAUCUUUUCUGGUUGGUUCCAGAAGACCCCUGCGAUAAAUACGCAACAUGUGGAGCUAAUGGGAUGUGCACCACCAUCUACUCACCUAGAUGCCAAUGUCUGCAGGGCUUCACUCCUAAGUCACCUAAAGAUUGGGAUCUUAGAGAGAAUUCAGAUGGUUGUGUUAGGCGAACAGGUUUAAAUUGUUCAACUGAUGGUUUUUUUCCUUUGCAAAAAGUGAAGCUGCCUGAUACUUCAAAUGCCAGCACGGAGAGCAACAAGACUCUAAAUGAGUGCCAGGACUUGUGCUUGAAGAAUUGUUCUUGCUUGGCAUAUGCUCUGAAUGGAGAGAGUAUGUGUAUAACUUGGCUUAGUGAUCUUGUCGAUAUUAGGAUGUUUAUAGAAGGAGGUGAUGAUCUAUACAUUCGGCUUGCAGCUUCUGAAUUAGAUUCAAUAAGUAAUUCUGGCAACAAGAUAAGAUUGGCGAUUGCGGUCACUAUUCCUGUUCUGAGUUCUCUUCUGUUGCUGUGUGUUGCUUUGCUUUUAUGGUUGAAGAGAAGAAGAAGAAGAAGGAACCAUGGUAAAGUGAUGAGUUCUCACUCCAUUGGAAGCAAAGAAAGCGAGUUAGAGUUGCCUUUAUUUGAUGUGCGUAGUAUCAAAGCUGCCACUGAUGACUUCUCCGUAGACAAGAUAUUAGGUGUGGGUGGGUUUGGCCCUGUUUACAAGGGUCAGUUGGAAGAUGGGCACGAAGUUGCUGUCAAGAGGUUGUCCAAAAAUUCCAUUCAAGGCAUAGAUGAGUUCAAAACUGAGGUUAUGUUAAUUGCCAAACUUCAACAUCGGAAUCUUGUCCGCUUACUUGGCUGCUGUAUUGAGGAUGAGGAAAGAAUGCUGAUCUACGAGUACAUGCAAAAUACAAGUUUGGAUGCUUUCAUAUUCGAUAAAAGAAAGAGCAGUCUAUUGAAUUGGCAAAAGCGCCUUGACAUCAUAAUAGGGAUUGCUCGUGGGCUUCUUUAUCUUCAUCAAGAUUCUAGGUUGAGAGUCAUUCACAGAGAUCUGAAGGCCAGCAAUAUUCUCCUUGACCAUGAGAUGAAUCCAAAAAUUUCAGACUUCGGCACAGCAAGGACAUUCAGAGCAGGCCAAACCGAGGGGAACACAAAGAGAGUAGUGGGAACAUGUGGAUAUAUGUCCCCGGAGUACGCGAUGGGUGGGCUCUUUUCAGAGAAAUCAGAUGUUUUCAGCUUUGGCGUAAUGCUACUGGAAAUCUUGAGUGGCAAGAAGAAUAAUGUGGUCCUUAAGGCAGAUCAGCGUAUAAAUCUUUUAGGACAUGCUUGGAUGCUGUGGAAACAAGGUAGAUGCUUGGAGCUGCUGGAAGAAUCAAUCGGCCACUCUUACCCUGUGUCUGAAGUGUUCAGGUGCUUCCAAGUUGGUUUAUUAUGCGUGCAAGAAGGGAGCGAAGACAGGCCAACAAUGGGAGAGGUAGUUCUGAUGCUAAGCAGUGAAUCGGUCAUGCUACCUCAACCUAAUCGGCCUGGUUUCUAUGUCACUCGGACUUCCAUAGGAGAAGAUUGCUCUCCCAGUGAGAUCACAAUGACCGAACUCGAAGGCCGUUAAAAUUACAGUGAAUUUUGUGGAAAAUUUGUAAUGUUUUCCAGGAACCCUGUACAUUAUUACGUUGGUGGUCUUCACUAUCAGCAAUUGACCAUGGAGUUCUUCUUGUUUUUGUAAUGAUUACAACAAUCAUCGUUGAAUGUGAUGUGCCUGUUCAACA